AUGGACCCCCUUACCAGUGCUCAGGAUUUGAUGCGAUGUGACCUGUGUGAGACUUCUAUAGUGCAGAUGCACUGUGAUACGUGCUUUGUCCAGUUAUGUAAGGCCUGUGUGGGAGAACAUAUCUCAACUGAUGAAUCGAAGAAUCACAAAGUUGUUAAAUUUCAGUGUAGGAAUUCCACCCCUCUCUUCCCUCCUUGUGCAUCUCAUGGAAAAAAACAAUGUGAGAUGUACUGUAGACAUUGUGAUGUCCCGGUCUGUCACACUUGCUUGGGUUCUGGUAAACAUCUCAGUCAUAAGUUAUCGAAAAUCGUAGAGGUUCUGGGUGAAAAGAAAGACUUGAUAAGGAAAGAACAAAAUGAAUUAAAUGAAACAAUUUAUCCCACCUACCAGGACAUAGUGGUUGAUGUGCAAAAGACAAUGAGUCAGUUAGAGAAGGAAUAUGGAGAUCUCUCAACAGCCAUAGCAAAACAUGGAGAGGAAUGGCACAGAGAAAUUGACCAACUUGUCAGGAAACUUACUACCCAACUUGAUGAAAUGAAAACCUCGCAGUUACAAACUUUACAGACACAGCUUGAUGAAAUCAACAAGAAUCUUGCUGACAUUACAGAUGAAAUUAAUACCCUAGGUAUUGCUGUAGACUCUAAUGACUUUUCAAAACUAUGCAGUGUAAAAUCACGUGGAGAUCAAUAUAAAAAUAUUCCCAAAAAGAUUUUGCCCUCCGUCCCCAAGUUCACUCCAGAGACAAUCCAAAUGGAAGAACUACAUAAACUAUUUGGGGCUUUAAUAUCAGAUUUCGAUCAAUCCGAUGAGCAUAGAUACAGUAUAAAGAAAACACAAAAAGUUCACGACGUCUUCUUUUUUUGA